AAGUGAUUGCAGGAGAUUUGUGGAGGCAUAAAUAUUAUAGUGAAGGGUUAUGUUCUUCACGUCCAAUAAGCAAGCUUUUGCUUCUCCCCUGCAACACAAGGUGGAGGUCCAUUCUCUUAGAUCUUCAUCCCUGCCAUGCUCCAAUUGUCAAGGAAGAAAUGCGGUGAUUUAUAUUGCGUACAACAUGUCAGCUGCCAGAAAGAUUCAAGUCUGAGAGCAAUAAAUUUAGAGCUUAAUGGUUACAAUGCCAACAGUUUGUUUGGCUGUGGAAGGAACAGCUCAAAACUUUUGCAGCACAGGAAAUGGUUGCAUAGAAUAUACAUCGGCUCCUGUUCUAUUCUCGGGGUCUACUCUGGCUUGCAUAGAAUACUCUCGGUGGUGCAAAGCUGCAGGUUGGUUGAUGACAGCAGGACUUCAGCCCCCUUGUUUCUGCUGGCCAUGCCCAUGGGACUCAAGAAAAGGUGAGUCUUUUUCCCAUCACCAGAGGAAAAAGGUGGGUGUGGGUACUGACCACCUUGCCCCACACUCUCUUUAAUUGGUACCAGAAAACACCAGAAACCUACCAAAAUCAUUUAAGAAAGCUGAUUCUUUGACAAGCAUUAGGCUGCUUGGGACAGAGGACAACAAAGGUAUCUUAAGCUUCUUUUGAGAUGAUUUAUCCAAAACAAGGGGAAAACCCCAGUAGUGCUAGUUUCAUUUGAAGUAACCACUGCCAUUAUACCCCUCACUUUCAUCCCUUUUGAGGCUUUGCUCAUCUUUGGUAAUCCCCAUUUUAAAUGAUCUUUACAUUCUCCUUUUUGUCCUUUCUGCUGAGAAACCUUGCUCAAGACCAGUUCUAUCUUGUCUCUUAUCCAUUUCUAUCAAGAGCACCUGCUUCAUGCUGCUGGAAAAUUUGAAUUGGUGCACAAAUUUUGAGUGCUAUCUCGAGACAUGCUAAUGCUCUAAUUUCUAGUCAAGCAAGUGUCAGUAAAAAAGGGACUUGAUUCAGUGUAUGAACAAUGUUGGUGUGCCAGGCAUAUGAAGAUCAUGUUUAUCCCCACAAACAUAAUCAAUCAAUCCAUACAAAUUAAUUUGACUUGGUUUUAUUUAAAUAAUGCCUCAAUAAAUGAGUUUGAGAAAGGUAAUGUGCAUCUGAUCUCUGAAGGACCACCAGUUGUUGUUGUGUCAGGAUUGAGGAAAGGCAAAAAAAGGAAAAAAAAAUGUGAGAAGAACUUUGACAUUUAUUGCUCUUGUAUGACUCCCAAGAAAGAGGUCUACCAUUCAUUAUUUUAUGUCUGUGAGUGGCAUAGGUCAAGCUGUGUCUGUGUGGUUGAUUGGGAGCCUUCUUUAAAGAGGCUCUUCCUGCCUUUGGCUGAAACCUUCCAAAUUGGUUGUUUUAUUGUUUGGCCUGUGUUGCAUGCUGCUUUCCGCAGUGGAGGAACUGUGGUACUUGGUGGGAGCUGGAGAUACCUGUAGACCCAUUUGGCCAUUCCUGUCACUGGCUUUGCUUCUUUUCAGAUACCCAUAGAGCCGCUUCUCUAAGGAUCUACGCUCAUGGAGUCUGAGGGGAAGCAUGACAUCCAAAUGCAGGGUGUGAAAUGCCAAACCCAUUUCUUGGACAAAAUGCAUUCCCGCAAGAUAUCUUCCGGGCACAAGCGCUCCAAGAGUGACUCCGAGAAGAGAAACAACGAAGAUAUAUUGAACUCUUCGGCUAAACCAGUUCAUCAUGCUAAGCCGGUUAAUGGAAAGUCUACUGGCGACAGUGAGAUCCACGAUAAGCAAUCGCCUAGCGCUAAGGUCCAAAUAUCACUGAAACAAGAGAUUCUGCAACUUGAGAAGCGGCUACAGGAUCAACUGGUUAUGCGAUGUGAUCUAGAAAAAGCCUUGGGGUAUGGCUGUUCUGUGGUUUGUUCCUCGAAAGAAAGUUCAAUGCCAAAGCCUACAAAGGAACUGAUAAGGGAGAUAGCCAUUCUAGAAUUAGAGGUCAUGCAUCUGGAGCAGUAUCUGUUGUCACUUUAUCGCAAAGCUUUUGAGCAGCAAACAUCUACCUUAUCUCCUCCUGCUAAUGGAAACAAAACUAAAAAGGUUUUAGGUUCUCAACCAGAGUCACUUCCUGAGUCAGCGAAACUUAAAAUCUCAUCUAAGAAAGGAAGCUCGAGAAUUCAAUCUAGUCAAGCAGAGGUGCCACAGAAAUGGACCGCUGACUCGGUGAAUCGAGAUUGUGAAGUCAAGUGUCAGGGGAAGUUACUUGGUUCUGAUAUUCACUGCAGCCAUUCUUCGCUUUCUCACCGUGCUGUUUGUUCUGCUAGAAUUUCACCUUCAGAGGAAAGUCUUGCUAGAGCUCUUGACUCGUUCCAUUCUCAACCUUUGUACCUCCACGAGGAAGAACAAAAUGCUAAUUCGGGGGUGAUAAGCUUGGCAGAAUAUCUUGGGACUAGUAUCACCGAUCAUGUUCCAGAGUCUCCUAAUAAACUUUCAGAAGAUAUGGUCAGAUGCAUGGGUGCCAUAUAUUGCAAACUGGCUGACCCUCCAUUGGUUUAUCAUGGCCUUUCGUCAUCUCCUGCUUCAUCUUUCUCAUCUAUGAGUGCACUCUCUCCCCAAUAUCUGGGGGAUAUGUGGAGUCCUGGCUAUAAAAGAGAAUCGAAUCUAGAUUCUCGGUUAAUUAAUCCUUUCCGAGUUGAAGGACUGAAAGAAUUCAGUGGACCAUACAAUGCAAUGGUGGAGGUGCCUCUUAUUUGUAGAGAUCGUCGGAGGCUGAGGGAUGUUGAAGACAUCCUACAUAACUAUAAAUUAAUCCUUCAGCGAUUGGAGACAGUUGAUCCAAGAAGGCUGAAAAAUGAUGAAAAGCUUGCCUUUUGGAUAAACAUACACAAUGCCAUCAUCAUGCAUGCAUAUAUAGAAUAUGGAAUUCCAGAAGGUAAUGUGAAGAAAACUUCUUUGCUCAUCAAGGCAAUGUGCAGUGUAGGUGGUUGUUCGACUAAUGCAGCCAUGAUACAAGGUUACAUUCUUGGGUGCAGGACACACUGUUCCGGGCAGUGGCUUCGGACAUUGCUCUAUCCGAGGUUAAAGCAGAAGGCCAGAGAUGAGUGGCAAGCCUAUGCAAUUGAGCAACCAGACCCUCUUCUAUACUUUGCGCUCUGUUCGGGAAGCCAUUCUGAUCCUGCGGUCCGAAUAUAUAACUCUGAUAGACUGUUCCAUCAGCUGGAAUCAGCAAAGGAAGAGUACAUUCGUGCUACCGUUGGUAUUUGGGAGGAACAGAAGAUCCUUCUACCAAAGCUUGUAGAAUCAUAUGCUAAGGACACAAAACUAAGCUCGCAAAGCUUGGUCGACAUGGUUCAACGUUACCUUCCCGAGACUCUUAGGAUGGCCAUGCAGAGAUGCCAACAAGGCAGAUCGAAAAAGAUCAUCGAAUGGGUACCUCACAACUACAGUUUCAGGUAUCUGCUCUCCAGAGAAUUAGCAUUUCCUCAGAUCAACUGACAAAUAACACGAUGCUGGCUGUGAAAGAGGAUUCACAUCUCUCUUUAUUUUGUUUUUCUUGUACAAAAACAAAAGAGCUGAUGCAUUUUGUAUAUUGAGAGGUUGCAAUGCAUCAUCACCUGUGCAUAAUUCAGUUGGCCUUGAUGAAAUCCUGACAUUAACUUUGGCAUAGAAGGUAAAAAAGUAUAUUUGCCUUUUCGUCAAGGAGAUGAUUGCAUGGCUUGUACUGACACCAGUUCGAAAGGAUGAUGGCUUCUGCAUCUUCUCAGGUGUUUCACUUGCUACUGGAAGUUACUCUCAUCAUCUUUCAGGAUUGUUGUAUGAAAGAAGGAUCACAUAACAAAGCAGUUCAAGCUUUCACCGAGUCCAACACAGACAUAGUAGACUCAUGUUUCUGCUUGAAUCAAAGGUGGAGAAGGAUGUUUCUCCUUUCCUUUUCCUGGAGAAUAAACAUGAUCUGAUCAGACUGCAGGAAAAGGCUAUUGUGUUUUGUGUUUUGGUUUGUAAUCUUUUUUUGCAAGGAUAUGUUGGGAAGUCACAAAAGUAGGAUUC